AUGGCCGUGCAACAGCAGGCCUACCAAACCGCCAUGUCCACGACAGAGGCACCACCGGUUGAUCGGUUACCUAGCCGCAACCCCAUGCUGCCAUCCCAGAUGUCUAACUCUAAUUCUCCUUUUCUUAAUAUUAGCAAUCUCCCCUACGUGAACAACCUGUCCAAACUGUUGUCCUACGUGAAAGCACACAACAUGUUGCAAUUCUGCGUGGACAACUACGUGCUAGACGGCGCCAUGUCAGUCCUGCGUUCAGUGCCCUCUGUGCUGCCCAUGCCCACCCACUUCCCACUCAGCUCCGAACCCGUGGACCCCGAGGUGCGAGAGUUUCUCCGCGAACUGCUCGACUUCUUCACGCACCUGGGCAACUUCCCCCGAGUCUCCGAUAACCGCCUCAUCACCUCGGUCACGGCCGGUCGAGACGCCUACGUGCCACAGGAUGGUGUUGUGCCCUUUGACGUCGUCUUCCCUCGCGCCCAGAUUCGCACCCUGCCCCAGUGUGGUCAUGUCAGCGCCUAUGUCCGCAACAUGAUUUGGAGUCGUGAUUUCCAGUAA